AUGCCUCCACACAAAUAUGUUAUUAAGUGUGGGAACUUUGCAGUGCUGGUGGAUCUCCACGUCCUGCCCCAGGGCGACCGGCCGGCGGACCCCAGCUGGUUUACGAUGGACCAGGUCGAGGAAGUUACGGCUUUGGUCCGUGAUGCUGUGGACCAGAGAGUGAAGCAGUACACAGAGUCCCUCCACAACAGGAGACUUCCCAAGCACAAGAAAGUGCUGACGCCAGCAACUGCCUUUUCUGUGAAAGGAGAUGGCUUUUACUUGGCUGCCAGCUUCCUAAAGCGCCACUCCAGCCUCAGAUGCAUCGCUAAGCAGCUUUAUGGAGAUCUGCGCGUGUUUCCGGAGCGGUUUGUUGUGUGUGCGAGCUGUCCGGAGGAUGCCUCUGCGCUCCUGGGAAACCUGAGCCGGACCGCGAAAGAGCUGAGUGAACAAAGUCGAUCUGAAUAUUUUUCCAAAGCGGCCGAAACCCAAGAGCCUCCUCACAUCCCCACAAAAACAAAGAAAACUGGGCUUCAAAAGAUAGCCAAACAGGCCAGUGUCCAGAAAGAGCAGAAAGAACAGAAAGACUCCCACACCAUUAGACCGAGCGGACUGGAGGAAGCCCACUCAAAGCGCUCCUCAGACCCGAUGCUUCAGAUUGGGGAUAAUCUGGACUCUGGCCCAAAUCGUGAACAGAAUAAUUCUGACAAACACGCUGCAUCCUGCCAAGAAGAAACCGGUCUAGAAACUAGCGAGCCCUCAAGGGACGAAGGGGAAGACCCAAUCCCGCUUCGGGCCAAGAGGGCAUGUCUCGAAAGCUCCUCUCAAACGUCCAGGCGAGACUUUAAAGUGGAGGGCGAAUCCAAGGCUCUCCUGGUGUCGGAGCGAAUCGAAACCGCAGUGGAAGUGGAGCUGCUUACUCCGGGGAAACGGGCCCCGCGGCAGCCCCUCACAAGCAGCAAUAACACGGCACAGACAAACCCAAACAGGCCGGCCGCAAGUCUGAAGGGCCUAUCUGACAAGCAUGCAUCCUCCAGCUCCUCUAUUGCUUCCAGACCCGAGCAGGCAGAAGAGGAGGGGAGCGAGAAUGUGCCCCGAGCAUCGCGACUGCGGCGGACGAAGAGGUCAUGA